AUGGGAGGUCACCUUCAAAACAUGAGACUAUUGGUUGGGACAAAAUGUGAUACAGAUAUCAAUGAAUGCUUGAGUACCAGCUACUGUGUCGGAUUACAUGAAAAAUGUAACAAUUUAAAUGGGUCUGCUGAGUGCAGAUGUGUGCCUGGCUAUGAAAAACAGAGUAGAACUUGUCAAGUAUGCAACAAAACACACUAUGGCUUGGAUUGUUCUUUGAAAUGUCCUUGUGUCAUGGAAAACACCAUAUAUUGUAAUGGCACAUCUGGUGCUUGUUUAUGUUCUCCUGGAUGGAAUGGAACCAAUUGUGAAAAAGAUAUAAAUGAAUGUGAUGAUAUAAAUUAUUGCACUGAACUUUAUGUCCUAAUUGCACAGAAGCAGAAGUUUGCUUUGAUGAAACAGCUGAUAAAUGGACCUGUAGAUUUAAUGAUUCACGAAAGUAAAACCUCUAAUUACAGUUUGAACAAAUUAUCAAAAAUAACAGUUAAUGGUCUUAUAAGUUUUGAAGAAGAGUAUUCCAGCUUUAACCCACAAAAGUUACCAGUGUUAGACAAAACUUUAAAUCAGCGCAGUCUGUUGGCUGUGUACUGGACUGUUCUUGAUGUUAACGAGGAUGAUAAUUGUGAAGUUUACUAUCAGAUGUAUGAUUUGUAUUCUAAUAACACUUUGGGCACAGCUGUUUUUACUAAAGCCAAUGCAGAUGUUAUGGCUCUCACAGAAAAUAAAAGCUACAAUGCUACAAUAGUAAUUGUGGUUACAUGGGUUAAUGUACCAGCACAUGGAAGUGUGGAUGAGCGUGUCUCAUUCCAAUGUGUCAUAAUAUCAGAUGGACAUACAACAUAUGCCAUAUACAUCUACAUCCAAGGUGCAAUGAAAUUCAAACCCUUAUCAGCUAGAAAUGUUGAAGUCGGUUGGGCAAAUUUUAGCUUUGAUACAUCACUUACAAGUUACUACAGAUUUGAUACAGUUUUGGGGAACACUGGAAAACCUGGUCUUUGGAUUUUUAAAGUUGGAGAAAAUAAGAAUUUUAAGAUGAUGUGCCGUACAUGGUUUAUCUCUAAUCAAGGAGAACUGCCUACUAUUGAUCUCUGGAACAAAAAUCUACUGCCUGCCUGCCCUUGUAAUGAAGUUGCUGCCAAAAGUAGCCCAAUCUGGGUUUCUAGCAGUCUAGCCUAUUCGGAUAGAAAAUGCUUUGAUCUAUUGCCAUUUUUUGGAGAAUAUGGAAGGAGAUGCUGCUACAAAGCUGAUGAAAGUUCAAGUUUUUUAAAUACAAUCCCACAAGCUGGAAGUCUUCAGAGAUAUAAUUCUUUCAUUUACAAAGAACAUGAUCAAUUUGAUGAAGACCCUAAAGACUGGUGCUGUACUAAGUCAAACUUGUGUGACCUGUACUAUACUUUAAGACCAAUUUUCUCAUGCAAUGGGAGUAACUGGGCUAGUAGUUUCUUGUUUGGAGACCCCCACAUAAUAACCAUGGACCAAAGAUCAUUCAUAUUUAAUGGACUGGGAGAAUAUCACUUAGUGAAAAUAAUAGGAACUACUAACCAGCAUUUUAAAUUGCAGGGUAGAACCUGUCGUGCAUUAAACAGCAAUGGCAAUGAAACUCUAGCCACAGUCUGGUGUGCUCUAUCAAUGAUGAGUGGUGAUGAAAAUUCACUGAGAGUAGAAAUCAGCCCUUCAAGGAAAAGUAUUGGGAUGACUGUUACUCUGGUAAAUGAAUUACUAGAAUUUUCCCUCACGCUAGACAAAAAAUAUCAGAAAAUGACCACUGGUCUUUUAGGCAAUUUUAAUGGAGACAAAACUGAUGAUUUUAUUUGCCCAAAUGGAACACAACUCUCUGAUGAUUCAAGUGAAAAACAAUUAUAUGAGUAUGGCAAGUUAUGGGCGAUAACUCAGAAUGAAAGUUUAUUCCAGUACAGCUAUGGACAAAGCAACUAUUCUUGUGAAGGUAUUUUAUUUUUUUCAAAGUAUACAUGCAUGACAUCAAUAUGA